AUGCAGCAUCCUUUGGACUUGGGGGCGCAUUACUACCCACCCGAAGUUCAUGCCGACCACAGAACUCACCGUUACAGGAGUUUCAUGAUAGAGGAGAUCCUGACUGAUCACCCGGAACACAAAGUGUCUGCCCCGGCCGGGGAACUGCUCAAAUUCGGAGUACAAGCUCUUCUUUCCGCCCGGCCUUUCCACAACCAACUGGUGCUAAAAGCGGACCAGACGAGCCUCCUCAAGUUCCCCAUGUCACCGCUGUCCUGCUCGCUGGGCUCCCCGCUCGGCUCGCCGCUCCUAUCCGCCGCUCCGGGCCUCCAGGUCGGCGCGGCGUCUCACCACCUGCCGCUGGACUUGCACCUCCGGGGGAAGCUGGAACACGGAGUCGACGGAGGCAGCAAGACCAAGAAGGGCCGGAGGAGCCGCACCGUGUUCACCGAGCUGCAGCUCAUGGGCCUGGAGAAACGCUUCGAGAAGCAGAAAUACCUUUCUACUCCUGAUAGAAUAGACCUCGCUGAAUCUUUGGGUCUCAGUCAGCUGCAAGUGAAAACGUGGUACCAGAACAGACGGAUGAAGUGGAAGAAGAUUGUGCUGCAGGGAGGAGGCCUGGAGUCACCGACUAAACCCAAAGGCCGCCCAAAGAAGAACUCCAUCCCGAGCAGCGAGCAGCUCUCCGAGCAGGAACGAUCCGCUGCAGAAGCCGACCGUCAGUCCGAAGGCUGCAGCUCCCACUCAGAGAACACUCAGGAGGAGUGACGGACUCUCUAGGAAACUCCGGGACGCUCAAGUGUGCGCAGAGAAAAAAAAGACGUUUGCUGG